AUGCCUUGGAUAAGACUCUUUUCAGGAUCGUGAACAUUACUCCGUACCAUGGCCCACGUGAGACACUUUAGGACGUUAGUUUCUGGAUUUUACUUCUGGGAAGCUGCAUUGUUACUCAGUUUGGUUGCCACAAAAGAAACCAAUAGUGCAAGAUCUCGAAGUGCUCCAAUGUCACCCUCUGACUUCCUCGAUAAGUUAAUGGGGAGAACUUCAGGGUAUGAUGCCAGAAUCAGACCGAAUUUUAAAGGUCCUCCAGUGAAUGUCACCUGCAACAUCUUCAUAAACAGCUUCGGCUCCAUUGCAGAGGCCACCAUGGACUAUAGAGUGAAUAUUUUUCUUCGUCAGAAAUGGAACGACCCUCGACUGGCAUACAGCGAAUAUCCUGACGACUCUUUAGAUCUUGAUCCAUCCAUGUUGGACUCCAUUUGGAAACCUGACUUGUUCUUUGCCAAUGAAAAGGGUGCCAACUUUCAUGAAGUCACUACGGACAACAAACUGCUAAGAAUUUUCAAAAAUGGAAAUGUGCUUUAUUCCAUAAGGUUAACAUUAACACUUUCCUGCCCAAUGGAUCUCAAGAAUUUUCCAAUGGAUGUGCAAACAUGCAUUAUGCAACUGGAAAGCUUUGGGUACACUAUGAAUGAUCUCAUUUUUGAAUGGCAAGAUGAAGCACCCGUGCAGGUGGCAGAAGGACUCACUUUGCCCCAAUUUCUGUUGAAAGAAGAAAAAGAUUUACGAUACUGCACUAAGCAUUACAAUACAGGAAAGUUUACAUGUAUAGAAGUGCGAUUCCAUCUGGAACGGCAGAUGGGGUACUACCUCAUCCAGAUGUACAUCCCCAGUCUCCUGAUUGUCAUUCUGUCCUGGGUUUCCUUCUGGAUCAACAUGGAUGCAGCCCCUGCCAGGGUGGCUUUGGGAAUUACUACCGUGCUGACCAUGACUACCCAGAGUUCAGGAUCACGGGCUUCCUUACCGAAGGUUUCUUAUGUCAAAGCUAUCGACAUCUGGAUGGCAGUGUGCCUCCUUUUCGUGUUUUCAGCGCUUCUUGAAUACGCAGCUGUCAACUUCGUAUCAAGGCAACACAAAGAACUCCUGCGAUUUCGACGCAAGAGAAAGAAUAAGACAGAAGCUUUUGCAUUGGAGAAGUUUUACCGUUUCUCAGACACGGAUGAUGAGGUAAGGGAAAGUCGAUUCAACUUUACAGCCUAUGGAAUGGGACCAUGUCUGCAAGCAAAAGAUGGUAUAACUGCAAAGGGCCCAAACCAUCCUACCCAGGGAAUGCCAAAAAGCCCUGAUGAAAUGAGAAAGGUCUUUAUCGACCGAGCCAAGAAGAUAGACACCAUCUCCCGAGCCUGCUUCCCAUUAGCUUUCCUGAUUUUUAACAUUUUCUACUGGGUUAUCUAUAAGAUUCUUAGGCAUGAAGAUAUUCAUCAGCAACAAGAUUAAUCCUCUGGGGACAUGCA